GUGACAUGCAUGUCACCGUGACAUGGACUUUUCGGUCGACCUAAUCUUAAAGGUGGUCGACCGAAUUGACUAAUUUGGGCAGCACAAGAAAGCAUUGCGGCCGACCUAAUCCUAAAGACGGUCGACCUCAAUUCAUAGCAUAAUUGAUGAGUCCUUGUUAUCAUUAUUUAUGACUAGUUAUGAUGGUUUAAAGCAUAAUUUAUACAAGCAAAAGAACCACACAAAUUGACAUACAUAAGCAAAAAAGACACGGGGCAUAGGUUGACUUUCUUGUAUUCAGUCGACCUCGUACAAGAUUAGGUCGACCUCGACACCAACACUUGAUCUUCAUUUUACGUCAAAUGAUUGGAUAAAUUGAUAGAACAUUUAUCGUCUAUCUGGUCGACCUCUUUCUUUAUCUGGUCGACCAUGUUGUUAAUGACUGCCAUCAAGUGGUCGACCUAUAUACCUUUACGGUCGACCAUGUUGUUUCUGACGCCAACGAAAUGGCCGACCGAGGUUUAUUCUGGUCAACCAAAAAUAACAACUUAAGCUAAGAACGGUCGACCAGGAGGUCUUUGAGGUCGACCGCGAUGCUUUCUCGUGCUGUCCAAAUUAGUCAAUUCGGUCGACCGCCUUCAGGAUUAGAUCGACCGAAAAGUCCAUGUCACGGUGACAUGCAUGUCAUAGUAGGCAUACCCAAUCAAUUAUUGUCCGUAAAAAAAUGAAGACUACAAGACUGGACUAUAGGUUAGAGACUCGGAAAAUAUCAACAGGCAACUUGUGGUGUGUGCAUGUUUGAUGUUACCUUAUGACCUGGCUUGGCUGGCAUGAAUGCAUGUUGCUUUUUCAUCAGUCAAUUGUGCCAAUUUAAUUGUUUGGGUGUACGUAUCUGAAAAUUGAAGGGGCCAAAAAAAAUAUCAGUAUCUGCAUAAGCUUUGAUAUUUCUUGGGUCAGAAGUGACUACACUUAUUGUUGUUAAGAUUAAAGAAUCAUAUGUUUUGCUCCGAUGUUAGCACGAGUUGAGAGUGGUAGAUCAUUUUAGGUCCUAAACAUGUGCCGACGAAAGAGGAAAAUUAGGAGUUUAUAGGAGCUUAUAUAAUGUAAUUAGAGAUGGCCACUCGAGUUUUUAAAGUGUGAUUGAAACCGAUCAAUUCAUAAAAAUCCAAAUAGUCAUGGAUGAAUGAGCUAUAGCUCAUAGGUCCACAUAUCAUAUCCCCUACUUGUACAAACAGUGCUGACUAAUGAGUGCGUUACGGGUCACUUGACUAACAACACUUAUUUUUGUAAUCGAUUAUGAGUUAGUAUUUUAAAUCAUUUGUAUAUAGAUUAAUUUAGAAUCUAAAUUUUAGAUGGCGAAAACUACUCAACGUGCUGAGCAACACAGGUAAAAUCGUGGGCUGGCACCAAUGAAGUUAAAUACACAGCAGCAAUGGGCCAUGUGGAAAUUGGAAAGAAACUUGUUGAAUUUUUGCCGGUUGACUAAUUGGGCCGAGGGGAAGUCCUAAGAAACAAUUGGCCCAGCAGAAAGAUCGUAUUGUUUGAGCCCAUGUAAUGUGUUUCAAUUGGGCUUGGAGAAAGGAGGAAAGAAAGAAGGCAACAGAUCAAAAUCCCCCAGUUUUCAACUUCUUCAUUGUGUAUUCAUUCGUCGAUUGGAGGACAAACUUCAGUGGAAAAGUUGCAGCAAUGGAAGCACCAGGAUCAUCGAAGCCCAUGAUCGCAACGCAGGCGGAGAUGGUGGAAGCGAGAGUCCCCAUGGCUUACAGAGACCAGUGCGCCCACCUUCUCAUCCCGCUCAACAAGUGCCGCCAGGCCGAGUUCUAUUUGCCCUGGAAGUGCGAGAACGAGCGUCAUUCCUACGAGAAGUGCGAGUACGAGCUUGUGAUGGAGAGGAUGCUCCAGAUGCAGAAGAUCCGCGAACAGGAGGCCAAUUUGAAACAGCCAAACAAAGGAGGUGUUGCUAUCGGUCUCAUCCCCAAGACUGCCAAUGCCUAGACCCAACAAUCCUGGUAAUCUUCUUCGAUCAAUUCAACUUCUUUCAUGCCUCUCUUUUCCUUCAAUUCGGGUUGGGAGAUCUCUCAUUUGCUAAUGCGCUUUUCAGGAAGUUGCUAGAAUUUUAUCGAGGUGGUGGUUGUGUUCCGUGUUCUCUUGUAUUAGGUCCCUUUUUCCCUUUGUUUCUUCUGGUCCUUCUGCUGGGAAUGCUCGUAGUUUCCACCGAGGAGUCAUUUUUUGUUGAUAAUUUUCGGUUAAUAAGACUUGGGUUUAGUGACUUGCAGACUCAGUUCUUGAUAGACUUGGUAUUUUUCCUGAAUGGUGGAUUCAGUUUUUAAUUCUGUUGGGCGAUGGUCAGAUUGUAUAUUUCCUUCUCAGAAUUUGCUUGAGAAUGGCACUAUGGCUCUCGUUUAUGAACCUUGUGAGUUAGUUUCCUCUAGGUUUUUCAAGUUAUAAUACAAGUUAUAGUAGAGAAUGUGUUUGAAGAACUUACUGCUGGCAUGAGGAUUUGCAUGCUUCCUUUAGGCAGGUUUUUAUCAGGUUUGGACAGUCGAGAAAUUUGUGUUCACUAUCAGUAGUUUUGUGAGAUUCAGAGGUUUUUAGCAAUUGCUUUACGCAAGUUUGGUAUAUGAAGGCCAUAAGCUGUAGAACCUCAUUGUUGUUGGGUUAAGAUCAAAUUGAGAAAAUAUAGAGUUGAUUAAAAGCAAUUCCUCUUGCUGAGUUCCAGAAAGACAACCCUUACUGAACUUAAAUUUCCACGUAAACUAAGGAAUGGAUGUUGAGAGGAGGAUGCAAGGUCUUUUACAUUGAUACCUUAAGCCUCUUCCUUCAGGGUAGACUGAUCCACUUGUCUGGGAUAAGCAUAUAAAGGUAGCUGUUGAUAAGCGGAGGUAUCUGCUUCUUUUUCCAUACAAGAGGAUUUGUUCUGCCAUAAAAGCGAGCAGCUUUUUGUUCAAUAAUUACUCACGUCAAAUUAGAACCAGGCGUCAAAGCAAUGCUACAGAAAACUAACCCGUUCCUUAGUGUUGCCAUUCUCACUGGGAUAGCAGUGGUAGGACAUGCUGCUACAGCCUACUGAUAAUGGUCUCUUGCUUGUAUGUCUCGUUGGUUUUAAACAAUUUUGUGAACUCUUGCAUUUUGAGUAUUAAGUAACCCGAGUAACAUUAUAUUUAUAUCCAAGUGUUCCCACUAGGUUAUACCAACCGUUAAGAUAUUGAAUCUUGAUUUUUACUUUGAGCAAGAAACACUUUAGAUGGAUUUCAUAGUCAGUGUACUCUAGAAUGUGGACUACAGUGGAUCAAUGUCUUCCUUGGUUAUUGUCUCUUAUGGGGAUGGUUUUCAUAGUCAGUGUACUCUAGAAUUUAGACUACAGCUGGUCAAUGUCUUCCUUGGUUAUUGUUUUUUAUGGCUGUGUUCUUUGCCCGAUUUAUCCAUGGCUUUCAAAUGGACUUUUGGGAAUACCCUUUCACUGGCUUCACCUUGAUAUGUGUAUGUAUACCGUGUUCUAUAUCCAUUCCUUGACCUCGAUUAGCUAGUGAUGGAUCAAUAGAGUCUUAAUUUCCAUCCUCUUCUUUAUGGACAUUGCAUCCACUUUAACUUAGCUCGCUGCUAACUUCAACAGAUGAAAACUUGGGCUCUAACUAAGGACAAUUUAAAACUUUAGUAUUUGUUCCCCAUCAUCCUGUUUCUUCUUUGUCACUCAGCUGGUAGCUCUAUAAUGUUUACUACAAAACUUUGCAGUCUGUUUCAAUUCACAUUGAGUACAAAUGUUUGCAUUAUCCAUUGCAAAAUCUUUCUCCUUGGUCAUGGAACUGAACUGCCUGAAGUUUGGGAAAGCACUAAGUUGGAUUGCAUUUUAAUGAAGAAAUGCAGUUGCUGUUCAUGAUCGAGGUGGUAAUAAUAACUCUGGAGUAACCCUCUUUUUUGCUUAUGGCUCCCUAAAUUUGAUUUGCUCUAUAAGGCAACUGCUUAUAGUAUUUUUUUUUUGCAAUUGCAACUGCUUUUAGCUGAAGAAUUACUGCAUUCGCAGUCAAACACACACAUUAUAUAUCCUUCAUGAAUUAGAAGGGGUGUCACGUUGAUAUAAGCCUUGUGCACGUUGAUAUAAUACGCAUAGUAGUGAUUGAAGCCCUACUGCUGGUUAUAAAGUUGUGUUUUUUUUUCAUUUGCGGUGUGGGAAGCCUGACUGGUAAUUUGUGUCUGUUUUUUUCUUCUUCUUUUAACCAGGCAAGUACGUGAAGUUGAAGGUGGCUGACGAGAUCCUAAUUUGGCCCAUCAUUCUAUUUUGGUUUUCGUUUGGUUGUUAAGGAUGAUGUCGAUGAACCCAAAGAAGAUAGAACUCUUAGUUUUCACUCUGUUGUGAACCAUUUGUUGUUUGAGAAUAAAGUCCUCCAGGCUAGGCUACUGAUCUGACUGUUGUGGCUUGCUUGUUUGUUCUCGACCAUUCCUUUCUUUUUUCUAGUUUCGAACACUUUUGAAAAUUUUCAUUGAAAGUUCAUGUAUUUGCCAUUAAGACAUACUUAUAAGAGAAGAAAAGGAUGGCUGAAAGACGUAUAACUACCACUGACCAUAGAGUUACUGAUCUGCUCCCGUCAAUUCCAUCCCUUUCAACUUUCGCCAGGUAUUUUAACCUUCCAAAUAGUUUUGCAUUCUAAUCAACUAGCUUUGUUCCUAGCCAACCAUUAUUAAUCAUUUACAGUCACGAUUAAAUUAUAAUCAUUUACCGGUUCUAUCGAUAAAGUGAAAAGAUCAUGAAUCAUAGAUAACAUAAUAAACACGUUUGAUUACAUGAUAGCCUUAAUCUUAUUAUAAUAAUUAACAUAACUAAUGGAGUUCAUUUUAUAAGUUUUCGAUCAAUAUAAUAAAAAAUCUUAUUGAUU